UGGCUCUGACCCCACCACUUUUUCAUUUUACAUGUUGAUGGACGAACUGAUGAGAGAGCGGCCACUGGCCAACACGACAGGCAGCGGUGUGGACCAAGGUUAUGAGGAGGAAUCUGAGGACUACAGCCCCGAUGCAAAUCCGGAACAAAGCAUCCUUUCCGAUGAUGAGUCCAGCUUUGAUGAAGCAGCUGGCAGCAGCACACAACAAACAACAGUGGCAGAAGACAGUGGUCCAAGAAACUUUCAACAGACGAGGACAUCAAGGAAGAGACCACGAGGGAACUCUGGUUAUGCAAGGGCCAUGCAGACUUGGGCCACCGAACAGCAAUCCUUCUACCAGAAGAUGCAAGAGUCCCAGAACAAAUGGAUAGAAGAACAACAGGAACGAUGGCAGCAAAGAGAAGAAAGGUUGUUUGUAAGGUUCUUAGAAGAAAACACACUCUCAACUGAGCGCGUAGUGAGGCAAUGUUUUGAUGGAUUAAAGUCCAUCAUGACUCAAAUGACCCCACCUCCACAGGGAAGAUCUCCAGUUCCUCCCUACCCUCAGCAUCAAUACCCAGGUCAAAGCCGGUCUGCUCAAUUUCCUCAGAACCCAAGCUACAACUCGGAUUACCACCUCCAUGACCAAAGCUAA